GCAAACUGGCAGAACUUCACCUCCCAACAACAGUACCAAGACCUGAGGGAUCAAAUCUAUCCUAUUGAGCCCUUGGAUUAAGAAUGUCUUCUCAUAGAGGCUCCUCCACUCCACAAGGAGGCCCCAGCAGACCCGCACAUGGAGGCAAUGUUGACCCUUUCGCCCUGUCAUUUGACGGAUCGGAUGGAGUACCAACACAAGCUAGGCACGACACGCGCGAUAGGUUAUCAGGGACCCCCAGUCACUCCACUCAGUCGUCCCCUUAUCACCCAGCUCCCAACAGACCCCAGGGCAGACCCGCACAUGGAGGCAGCAUUGACCCCUUCGCCCUAUCAUUUGACGGAUCGGAUGGGGUACCAACACAAGCAAGGCGCGAUACUCAAUCGGGGGUAUCGAUGCACUCAACUCAGUCGUCCCCUUCAACACCAUCUCAAAGUGCGAAUCAGACAAAUGGUGUGCAAGCAGGAGCACGAGUGUCUCCAUCCUGGUGCGCGACUACUUCGACGUCAUAUAGAAUGUCAGAUCAUAUAUCCCGCGAGCAACAAGAAGCUUCGACAUAUCCACCACAGCCUCCUCCUUCAACACCCGCCAGAAGUGUGAAUACGAUAUCACGCGUGCCAGUUGGAGGGAAAACGAACUCUCAACCUAAAGUUCACGCAUCUGUGUCUGUUGCUGAGGUGCGGUCACCAGCACCAACUUACACUGGUUAUUAUGAACCAGUAUCCAAGAGUCAGAGUUAUGACAUGCUGGACGUCGACUUGGAGGUUGCUCAGGAGAAGGAUAAUGCCCAUGAUUCUUUCGUGUCCAAAGCUCCUCUCCGGGGUUACCUUGGAAACUUCUUCACCAAGACCUCAAAGUAUCGAGCAAUUCAGUCACCGCACUCAGUCCAGGAGGCAGGCUGGCCUAGCAACUCUGAAUCGACUUUCAGGCACCAAGACAGCCUUGGAAGGCUUUACAAAGGUCCCUCAGAUGACAGAUUCCUCAAUCCCGUUGAUGGCAGUGUAAAAGAACUCGUUGUGCAGUGCACGGAUGUAUUGUAUUGGGGGCCUAAGAACACUACAUACAAACGAACCUUCAUCCGAAAUGUCUCCCCCAUCACGCUACAGCUUGCUAAUUGGCCAACGUCCCAUCUCAACGAUGGACCUAAAAGUAAAUCUGCAGAUCGUAAGGCAAAGCUCUUUCUGGCUGUGAAAUGGCCAGUCACUUGCUAUGCCCUGAAUCACUUGAUCGGUAUCCCAGGCCUCACCUCUACCGGGACGGUACUCAACCACGGCAACUAUGAUCCUUUCCCAUAUCGGUAUUGGGGAUACUGCAAAGUAACCCGAAAUACGGUGGAGGAAGGCACUACUCCCUCCGGUGCAUCUCCUCAGGAUAUCAAUAUUCCAGCAGCUCGCAGCAAUCGCAUCCUGGAGCCCAUAACCCUCUGCAUCAUUAAGGAGGACGAGCCGUAUGGUCGUCCAACGCUUGUCUCAGGUUGGAAGAAUGACAUCGAGAAUCAACAUCACCAUGGCAAAUGCCCAGAGUACCUUUUCAUUGCUUACACCGCAGAGCAGUUCAAGCACAGUAACGCACACGACGUAGCAGCGUUGCAUUCCCUUGCAACGAGGGCAACCAGAGAUGCUGGCCUGACAGCUUACUGGGUGGGACUUUCCUGCAUGCAGCCAGACAAUGUCGAAGACGACGUAUUCCGCAUCAGUGACAUUGUGAGAGGAGCCCAUUCCAUGGCCGUAAUAAUCGGGCCAGGAACGAGAGAUGCCCAGGGCCAACCUUCAGUCAAGUCCAUGUUACGGGAGUGGGGAGAGAGGCUCUGGACACUUCCCGAAGCUCUGCUGAUCGCGUCCAAUAAGCCAAUUUCGGUGUAUCGAAGAGGCUAUCAGGGGCCACUUUUGAUUCCCAAAAACCAGUUUGCUGGAAUGGCUUGGGCCGACUCUGUCACGGCUAGGGACCUCAUAGAUCAUUAUGAGGGAAACUUGACUCUCAGUCGGCUCGAACUUGUGACUAUUGCAAUGCAAGCUCUCUUCGCGAGGAAAAGAGGCGAAUACCUACCCGGAGAUCAUUCCUAUGCGCUCAUGGGCUUACUACGCUCAAGGCCUAAGAUCGACAGCACCGACACGUCGUUCCAGGCCUUUGCACGCCUCUCGCUCGCAAACGAUAGCGACAUGCUGAUCGAACGGCUGAUGUGCCUCUUGCCUCAGAGCCCAACACAACAUUGGUCCUCUGUCUCGGACGCCUACGGGGUCAACGUCUGGGAUAUCUAUCCCACAUGCCAGAUCGCUGGCGUUUGUAGCAACGACACUGUUCUCGUUGAUGGUGCCUUCGGCGCUACCAUCCACUGGGAUAAGUUCAGAAAGGUAGCAAACACUCGACGAGUGAGGUCUUGGAAAAGGCUGGCGGUACAGACGAUGCUCCAUGGUGCGCCGUACUUUUUCCUCAUUGGAAUGCUCUUUUUCCAGAGUGCCUGGAAUACGGUUAGUGUAUUACGCGGCGUCAUAAGAAUUAUCGAUGAAAUCAAUAACAUCUGGGAUACUAUUGUUAAAUAUACUCCAUUCACAACCGCAGAGGCCGCCCCUCAUCACUUGGACAGUGGUCCCGCUGCACGGAGACUCUUGCAUUGGGCGUUACUUUUGGGAAGUGUUGGAUUCAUUCUUGUUGGCACCGCGUGUGUUGUCUUCGUGUCCUCUCCAUAUCUCACUCGACUUCUGUAUGGCGGCAAGUUUUGGGGCACACAGGCAUGGCUCUUCGGCUUUGAAGGGUAUCUCGACAUCGAAACCAUCGAGUCCCAGAUCUUUGGUUCCAAAAUGCGUCGCCUCCGCUGGUCUCUCUACGGCUCAUCCCUCUCACGCCACCGCAAGAACGAGUUCGAAGAAAGUGUUGGCGUGGACCCAACAACAGAUCCAGUGGUUCGUCAAAAGGUGGAUGAUGCAAUCAUGAAUACCAGGCCAGAUGCUAUGCGCAUUUUCACGCUGGUGGAUACGAAUACUAUGACUGUGACGAUGUUCGAAGCAGUAAAACCGCCAGUGGCAGUGCUGCUUUGUGGAGCCGAGGGGGGCAUGCAGCGAGCUGUUGCUUGUUCUUAUGAGUGGAGUACUGGGAUUUGCUAUCGUGAGACGGUGCUGAGGAUGGAGACACCAGUUCUCGAAAAGAUGUCGAGGGUGUCAAGGUUCAGGUUCGGUAUGAGUAGGGGUUCGUAGUAGUGGUGACUAGGACUACCUUAGCUUUUUAUAGGCGGGUGAGCAUGGCCCUUCGAUUACGGAACAGUCUCCAGACCUAGCUAUCUUGUUUACGCGCAUCCAUUCCCCAUCAUGCUCAGCCCCUCUGUCCAGACGCCCCCCUUGUCCCCCUUCAAGCUCGCCACAAUCUCAAACUCCGGCACCACAUACGCCCCAUCCAACUCCGCUUUAUACCUCUCUAACCCCACCUCAACCCUUCCCACCACCCCCCGCAUGCUCCCCAUAACCUGGCCCCUCACCCCCUCAUCUCUACACUCCCCAGCAAACCCAUCCCACAUCACCACCUGCACAUUUCUCAAACUCGUACACUUCACCAGCCACUUCCCUAACAUCUCCCACGCCACGCUCUCCUCUGACUCCCACGCAGACCUCGCGACCGCGAAACAACCGAUAUCAAUUACCAUCUUCUCGAUUUUCGGUGCCCAG